AUGACCCAGCAUCAGGGCGCUCUGGGUCGGCUCCUCAAAAAGCUCGUGUCGAGGACGAAACAGCAGCCCCGAGCAGCGACCGCCGAGCCUGAACCAUCGGGAGCGCCGCCGUCGACGCAGCCGCCUCCGCACGACGACGUCGUGAGCGAUGACCUCUUCCCGUGCUGGCCGCCACCGAGCCCCCGCGCCAUCCUCUCGCGCCGCGCCGCCUACAGCGACAGCCUGUGCCGGCGCCGCUACCGCGCCCCGCGGGGUGUCUUUGAGGACACGCCCGUCUUUGCCCUCUACCGCCUCUAUGAGUGGAUCAUGGCCGGUCACACCGUCAACAUGCGCAACGAGCUCGAGAUGUUCUGGUGGGCCCGCUGGCCCGUCGCCAGCAUCCCCGACCCCGACCCCGACGACCCCGACCCCGAGCGCCGCGCCGUGCUCGCCUGCAUCCCGGCCCUCCUCGUCGAGAGCUUCAACGAGCGCGUCAAUCGUGAAUAA